AAAUUCGUCUCUCUCACACCCCUGUUUCGCUCUGCAACUCUUCUCCCUCUCCGUGAGGGUUUUUUUUUUCUUUUUCUUUUUUUCUUUUCUUUUUCUUCUUUUUUUUUCCUUCUUUUUUUUCUUCGUCUUUCAAUUUAUCUUAGUUUAUCCAAUUUUUAAUUUUUUUCAAUUUUCAAUAUUGUUGUAUUAUUUAUACGAAAUAAAAAAAAAGGAAGAUGCAGCAGCAGCAGAGAUUGAAGCAGCAAGCACUGAUGCAACAAUCACUGUAUCAUCCGGGCCUCCUCGCUCAUCCUCAGAUCGAGCCUAUCUUGAGUGGGAAUUUGCCACCUGGAUUUGAUUCAACUACAUGCCGCAGUGUGUAUGUUGGAAAUAUCCACCCACAGGUUACCGAACCGCUUCUUCAAGAGGUUUUCGCUGGUACUGGUCCUCUCGAGAGUUGCAAGCUCAUUCGGAAAGAGAAGUCAUCCUAUGGUUUUGUGGAUUACUUCGACCGUCGAUCAGCUGCCCUCGCCAUUGUGUCUCUGAACGGCAGGCAUUUGUUUGGACAGCCUAUAAAAGUCAAUUGGGCAUAUGCUAGUGCUCAAAGAGAGGACACAUCAAGUCACUUCAACAUUUUUGUCGGUGAUCUAAGCCCGGAAGUUACUGAUGCUACCUUAUUUGCAUGCUUCUCCGUUUAUCCUAGUUGUUCAGAUGCAAGGGUGAUGUGGGAUCAGAAGACUGGCCGGUCAAGGGGUUUCGGGUUUGUUUCUUUUCGUAGCCAGCAGGAGGCUCAAUGUGCGAUUAAUGACGUGACUGGGAAGUGGCUUGGAAGUAGACAAAUUCGCUGCAAUUGGGCCGCAAAAGGUGCUGCUGGUUUAGGCGAUGACCAGCAGAGUUCCGAUUCCAAAACUGUUGUCGAACUUACAAAUGGAAUAUCAGAAGAGGGUCAAGAGAAGAGGAAUGAAGAUGCACCGGAAAACAAUCCACAAUACACCACUGUUUAUGUUGGCAAUCUUGCUCCUGAAGUGAGCUCGGUCGAUCUCCACCGUCAUUUCCAUGCACUCGGUGUUGGAGUAAUCGAAGAUGUGCGCAUUCAAAGAGACAAAGGCUUUGGUUUCAUAAGGUACAACACCCAUGCCGAAGCUGCUCGUGCAAUCCAAAUGGGCAAUGCUCGAAUUCUCUUUGGCAAACCCAUUAAGUGCUCGUGGGGUAGUAAGCCUACUCCACCUGGAACGAGCUCGGGCCCACUACCUCCCCCGAUGACAGCUCAUAAUAUAGCCGGUUUUACAGCUGCUGACCUGGCGGCAUACGAGAGGCAGGUUGCUAUGAGUAAGAUGGGUGCAGCAGCACAAGUUCUUAUGAAUUCACAGGGCCAGCGUUUUGGUGCCGCCACUCAAGCUAUGUAUGAUGGUGGUUAUGCCACCAUCGCCGCUGCUCAACCCCCCUUGUAUUACCAGUAAUAUGUAGAAAACCCCCCACCCUGCUGCUGCUGCUGCUGCUUUUUAAAGGGAAGUAAAUUUUUUUUUUUUCGUUUUCCUUUUGUCGUCUCCAUUUUUAAAUUUAUGCCUCCUCCCGUAAUUCCAGAAGUGUAUCACUAUGUAUUUUUUUUUUUUAAAUUUUAGUUUUUCGACUAGGGAUGGUUAAUUUAAAUGAAGGUUCAGUUUGGUGAGCAAAUUUGUAAUGUGUUUUCAGUACAAGAACUGAGUAUGUUUAGUUUCUUUUUAUUACAUUUUUUUGUUUUAUAAU